AUGCUCAACAGUGGAACCCUUCGGGCAGAUGCCGUUAUCGAGCAAGGUGAGAUCAAGGUCCGGGAUCUCGUGAACUUGCUGCCGAUGCUGGACGAGCUUUGCUUGCUACAGCUUUCGGGUGCACAGGUUCUGGAAGCAUUGGAGAAUUCGGUAUCGCAAUACCCUCGCCUUGAGGGACGGUUCGCGCAAGUCAGCGGCGUGUCUUUCCAGUUCGAUGCGGCGAAGCCGCCGAACCAGCGCAUCGUCGAGGGCAGCGUGCGGUUUGGUCCGGACCUGCUCGACCCGGAGAAGAACUACAAGCUUUGUACCAAGGACUACUUGCGUCAGGGCAAGGACGGUUACGAUGUUUUCCGGGACGGCAUAUGUUUAGCUGAUGGGGAAACCGCAGGGAUACUGCCCUCAUUGGUCAGGGAUUGCUUUGCAAACUUGGACAUGCUGAACGGGGAGAGCGACACGGGUGUGGCGAAGCGGUCCUCCACGUUCAAUGCCAUGAGGCCCGGAUCCCAAUCACAUGAUCCAUACAGGAUCUGA